AUGUUAAAAGAGGAGCGGAAACGAAAGAACACAAGCUUGGAUAGGGAUGAGGAGCAGCCACAAAGGAAAAAACCGGCUAUGUCAGGUUCAGAGGGUUCGCAGGCCAAGAACAAAGAUAUAGAGGCAGGGACAAGCAAGAGUAGUGGUGAUGCUGAACAGAGUUCGAAAGAAGUCGAUGCACAGGAAGAUGAUUUAGACAUGGAUGGUUUCAUCGCUGAGAGAGACGCAGGUUUGGCUGCAUCUCAAGCGGAGAGAGCUAAGAACGACCGUAUGAGUGGUCCGGAGCUGUUUCUGUCCAAUACAAGCUUGUCUGUGGAUGAUGCUGAGGCUUUUAAAGAUUACCAGAGCCAAAAAGAAGAAGUGGUCGAGACAGAACAGAAGAGUCUCAAACAAUCUGUUCAACCUAAAUCUGAUGCGUCUAAAGCUGCAGCAAAGAAAAAGAAAGAUGAAGAGAAAGCUAGAGAACCGGAAUUGAAUGAGUUGUUCAAGGUAGCAAUUAGUCAGCCGAAAGUUCCUGUUGGUGUGGGUCCAAAGUCUAUACUGCGUGAGUUUUUCAAGGCAGGGCAAUGUGAAAAGGGUUUCAAGUGCAAAUUCUCUCAUGAUUUGAACAUUCAAAGGAAGGGCCAGAAAAUUGAUAUUUACAGCGAUCAGCGUGAUGAAGAUGGAGGCAUGGAGGACUGGGAUCAAGAGACACUUGAAAAGGUUGUGGAAUCGAAGAAAAAUCAAUAUAGUAAUCAGAAUAAGCCAACAGAUAUUGUUUGCAAGUAUUUUCUGGAUGCGGUGGAAAAGAAACAGUAUGGUUGGUUAUGGGCUUGCCCCAAUGGUGCUAAAGAGUGUCAUUACAGACACGCACUUCCGCCGGGAUACAUCCUUAAAUCUCAGAUGAAAGCGCUCUUGGAAGAGGAAUCAAAGAAGAUGCCAGUUGAGGAAGAAAUCGAAAACGAGCGUGCAAAACUGAAAACUGCGACACAAAUGACUCCUGCGCUAUUUAUGGAGUGGAAGAGGAAGAGAAUAGCUGAGAGAGAUGCAGGUUUGGCUAAGAACGACCGGAUGAGUGGUCGGGAGCUGUUUCUGUCGGAUGCAAGCUUGUUUGUGGAUGAUGCUGAGGCUUUUGAAGAAUACCAGAGGGAAAAAGAAGAAGAAGAGACUGAACAGAAGGCCAAGAACAAAGAAACAGAGGCAGGGACAAGCAAAAGUAGCGGUGAUACUGAACAGAAUUCGAAAGAAGAGGAAGAUGAUGAUUUAGACAUGGAUGGUUUCAUCGCUUGCAAUGAUGAUGCGGUGACGAGUUAG